AUUUGUAGUUUGAGACAUGCCGCAUCUGCAGUAGAAAGUUGCAUGAAGCAAUAUGGCUUUUCAGAAGAGGAGACCUAUGCAUCUAUACAAACUAACAUUCAUGUAAAUUGAAUUUUUUAUAUGCUUAGGUGAUGAAGAUGUUUCACACUUUCACUCAUAGCUCGGUCGUAGAAGAGGUCUCUCACUUUUGAUAUAUCUUCAAGAUUUGAAGGGAAGGAAGGGAGAGAGAGAGUUUGAAGUGAAUCAGAAAAAAUGGGAAAAGGAAGAAUGUCAGUAGAUGAUGAUCAUGGAGAAGAGCAGAACAUGGCUACUUGGCUUGUUUCAAUAGAGAAAGUUUCAGUUUUGAUUGUUUUAUGUGCUUGCAAACACUGAGAUGUGCACACUUUGUAGUUGAAGAGCCAAUGGUGAUUGGUCAUGAAAGUGUAGGGAUCACUGAAAAAGUUAGCACUGAGGUCAAGACCUUAGUACUAGGUGACUGGGUGGCGAUUGAGCCAGGAAUUGGUUGCUGCCGUUGCAACCACUGCAAGCAGGGCCGGUAUAACUUGCCACUCACCAGUUCAUGGUUCCCGUGCUAAUCAGUGCUGGCACCAGAUGUAGUUCCUGUUUCUACGAACUGUUUGAUGCUUGGAAGCUUUUGAUCAAAGGCCUUGCACAACUAUUGCACGUCAUUCCUGUACAUGGCUCGAAUGUUCAGAAGUUCAUGUUAGGUCUGACUGGUCACCUCAUUCUUCGGUUGUCAUGCUUCACCCAAUCCAUCACGUUUUCCUCUGUGGCACCAUCUUGAGACAAUCUCUUGCAUUGAGUUACCAUCUUUCCUCAAUAACCUCCUUGGGCUCUGAAACAGCUGUAUAAUAUAUCAACCCAGGGAAAAAAUGAAAGUACGCAUAACUGACGGAGGUAGAACAAACAGCAACAAACAACAUAAACAGGCAAGCAACUCCAAAAAGUACUAUAACCCAAAGAAAGAAAAUCCACCAUCAACAACACUAGCAGCAAUGAACACGGAUGGAAAAGUUAGUUGGGAGGAGAUUGUUGAUUCUAGGCUAGAGGGUAAGUGUGACUUUCAAGAGCUCAAUGAAGUUGCGGCCCUUGCCUACAAGUGCAUCAACCAUGCUCCGAGGAAGCGGCCGUCCAUGAGGGACAUCAUGCAGGUGCUGAUGAGGAUUGCCAAGUCUCGGCACCACAAAAAGUCCCUCUCAGCAGCAACAGCAGAUGAAGUUUCCAUUGAUGUUGAUAAUCAAGAGACCAAGGUUACUGCUGUUUCUCAACACAGGAGAGAAGAGUCUAUAGAUAGUGCAGCUGACAUGUAUGAUGUGUAGAAUUUUUUUUUUUUUUUUGGUUGCUUUUAUUUUUGUGUUAUAUUUUCAGUUUUGGUGUUUGGCUUUGGAUAUAUGAUCAUGGUCUUAACUAUACAUUUUAGUCCUGAGUGAU